CUUCUGGUCAAAUGAUUUAGCAAGAAACUACCACCCCUGCCAGUAACAAGGCAGGCAGCCCCCUCUGGGCGGGGCAGUUUGCAGGGUCCCCCAACAUGUGCCCCAGCACCUCCCCCAGGGCCCACAGCCAGCACUGCCUUCCCCGAAGCUAUGCGGCCAGCCUGGGCGCUGCUUGCCUUGGGCAGCCUGGUCUUGAGCGCCACGGGGGACCUGUCCCCAGAUGUUUGUUCCCAGACCUUUAACUCAGGUGUGAAGCCGGGAUUUCCCAAAACAAUCAACACCAACAACCCAGGAGUCCUCAAAGCAGCCAGAUACAGUGUUGAAAGGUUCAACAACUGCACGAAUGACAUCUUCUUGUUCAAGGAGUCCCAUGUCAGCAGAGCCCUGGUCCAGAUAGUGAAAGGCCUGAAAUACAUGCUGGACAUGGAAAUUGGCAGAACUACUUGCAAGAAAACCAAGCACCCCAGUCUGGACAACUGUGACUUCCAGACCAACCACACCUUGAAGAUGAUCCUCAGUUGUUACUCUGAAGUCUGGGUCAUCCCCUGGCUCCAGAGGUUCGAGGUGCCCGUUCUCCACUGUCACUGACUGCCUCUCAGCAAUACCACAGCUGCUGGCACUUCUGAAGUAGUAUCUCCCGGCAAGCAGAAUGGAAGUGCCCACGGGCUCAUUACAGAGUAACUGGGAUGGAAGAGUGACCGCCCCACAGUUAAAAUAAAUACUUCGAAUUCUCUCCUAAGCUAAUUCUGCUGAUGCUGUGUGCCUGGAUUCAGAGUCUGAACAUACAGGACUAAAUCCUCCAGUGGAAAUGUUCUGGGCUCUCAACUCCUGAAGGAGCCCCUCCCACCCAGGCCCUGGGUCCCCGAUGCAAGCCCGAGAUCUAUCCUUUCGCCUGAAUACUUGCACACUGGACGAAGGGAUUCAGCUGCUAUUGAGCACCUUGACCUUUCAUCAAUGAAGUUAUAAAUAAACAUGAAUAAGAACUGA